GAUAACUUCUCGGCGGUGUCCCCACCCCACGGUGGCAGUCUGCCCUUUGCUUUCUUUUUUGUCCUUCCUCUCCAGUUGCGUUCGCUCGCGAACUCCCCGCAGGUAGCCGCCACCGGGCAGCGCUCUCCCGGUCCUCGGUCUUUUCUCUGUUAAAGGCACAGCAGCCGGGAAACUUGCGUCGCGGAGGCUCCACCAGGUUGAGCUGAGGAGUCAGCCGCCGCGCGCUGCCAAGUGCCAAAGGGGGCUCUCGGCGGCUGGAGUGUUUGGGUUCUCCUCGGUGACUUUCUCAUUUGACAGUAGCAGAUGGGGGUGGGGGUAGGAGGGGAGGUGGCCCCGGAGGAGGAAGAGGAGGGGGGAGACGGAGGAGGGUCCGGGCGCACCGAGGGAACGCAGAGCGCAGCAAUGGAUAUAAAUACAAAUACAGCAGCACCAGCCGGUCUUCCUCACUCGGGGCAGGCAGGGCGCGCUGACGGGAACCCCCUAAUGAGCUGGGGUUUUGCGGGGGGAGCUGUCCGCGCCCCAGCACCUGCCUCGUGGGUCUUCCUCUCCGGCUGCCGGUCGGGGAAGGAGGUUGGGUGAGGCUUGAGCGAGCCUAGGAUCUCCGGGCCUCAAAGGAAAUCCUCCUGGCUCGCCGAAGCGCCGCGUCUCGCUGUCCCUCGAGCCAUGCCGGCUCCGCUCGCUCCAAGCCCCUCCUGGCUCUCCGGCCGACUCGGGCUCCCGGAGCGCACCGGGCGUGGAGCGCGGCCCGGCUUCCGGGCAGGCGGCGGGCCCAGCACCGGCCGCGUCCCCUCCUCGGUCCUCUGGACCUCCGCCCGGGACUUGCAACUAACUUCGCCCAAGUUUCCUGCGCCGGCGCCGCGGCGCCCCUCUCGGCGCGCUCGCCUCGGGGCGUGCGCCCGCGUGUGCUCCGCGCCCGGGGCCCCUCUGUCCUGGCUUCCCCGGCGAGAGCCUAGAGGGCGGAGGUGCGGGGUGGGUGGGGGAUUUAAGGAAGACGCGCCAUCACCUCAGUUCGCAGGUCCGCGCUGGGGCUGCUCCCGAUUCCCCCAGUCCCGCAGCACAGGGGGCCCCUCCGCGGCCCAGGCCGCCAGUCCGCCGCUCCCGAGGCGACAGGAGCCCUGUGCACGGGCUCAGGUUUAGGCGAGUGGGGAGUCCGGAGCGCGCCGCCGAGUUUGCGCACUGUUUGGCCUUGGCAACCCCCUGGUGUCAUCCCGGCUACCCUGGCCGGCCGGAGCAGCCCUGGUCGCGGCUGUGGGAUCCUCUGCCAGGAGGAAGGAGGCGCGCACGUGGAGCGGAGCCUCACGAGCUUCGGAGGAAGAGGGGACCCACCCUAGAAAAUGUUGGAGACUUUUCCUAGCAAGAAAGUGCUCAUUUUCCUUGGAGGUCCAGAUGUUGCUUGCAGCAGAUGCUUCCCGAAUUUUCUUGCACUGGUGAUGCAUCCAGUCAGAGGUCGUGGAGUGGAAAAUAACUGAGAGGGACUGAGCGUGCUCUUGGCAACCCUUUCGAAAAGGACGUAGCCCAGGCAUCCUUGGCUGACUAUUCAGAUCUUUUAAAAUUCUGGGGGUUUGUUUUGUUUCUAUUCUAGUCGUCAGUCAUGCAUAUGCUGAUCUCUUUAUCUUUAAGGUACAGUUAACUCACAGUAUCUCACUUAAACGCACGGUUAGGGUGAGGUGUUCAAAAUCACUAAGAAGUAUAAAACGUCUCUCUGAAAGACAAAAGCGAAACAUACUAAUCACUCUAUAUUGGAAUAUUUUUAUGCUGUUAAGCACAAUUUUCUUUAGUAAGAGCAGUUUUUUUCUUUAUAUUUGACAUAAUGCAAAAAUCAAGCAGCACGAUUUUGUUUGCAUAUUUUCCGGACUUCUUGGUAUGCUGCAGCUCACUUAUAACAUGAUCAGUCUGGAGCUUUCAUUCACCAGUUGGCCUGCCCUUCAGGGAGAACUUGCUUGCCUUCUUUCUUUGGCAGUUCGGAUUUGACCUAGCCAUGUGGUGUGUACAAGUAGGACGUUCUAUAAUCAGUUAACUCUUUAAGUCUUGCCAGCAAUUCAUGUUCAAUUCACACACAGACACAUAGGCAGACACAAAGUACUGAUUGAACUUAAAUAAAAAGUUUUUAGGCCAUCAGUUUUAGUUUAAAGUUAGGUUCGUUUUAUUGCUCAUUUUAAUAAAAGAAUAGUGAUUGUUGCUUUUUUUUUUUUUUUAGCUGCUGUGAGGACAUAUAGAAAUGCAAAUCAGCAGUGAAAUGUAUGGGAGUGGCUAUCUUUCUUAAGAUACCACACUGCAAAUAUUUACUUUGUAUCAGCCCUUGUAUUGCUAAAACAAUUGGACUGAUUUCUUUAGAACCAUAUUCCUUUACAGGCUCUAUAAAGACGCUCUGUUGCUCACAGACUCUGGGUGGAGCAACGUUAAAACCCUAGCAGGUGCAAUUACAUAGACUAGAAUAUUAAAUAUACUGUUUUGUGAUGAUAAACUAGAAAAGUAUCAUCCCUGAGCUUUUAACCUACUAACUUGUAUGAUAGGUUUGACACAAAAAUAUUACACACUGUCAUACAAAGAACAUAUGUAUAAGGAUGCAAGUUAUGAAAACUGUUAUUCAUUAAAAACAUUGUGAAUAAAGUUGAGUCUAAUCCCGAAAAUUAUUUUGAUAUAUACAAAAGGAUAAGGAUUGAGAAAAAAUUUUAUAUUGGUGAGUUAAAUUAUUACGUAUUCUUUUCCAAUUUAAGUUUAAAAAUCAGUUGCAGUAAAUUAUUACCAUGAAAAGAAAUGUUUGCGUAUAUGAUUGAAACGUAUGCUUG